AAAGACCAGGAGCUGUCCUCUUCCAGCAGACAGGAGCCACCCGACUCAGAGCCUCGGCUGCACUCUGAACACUCCGUUUGUUGUUUUCCUGCUUUUGGAAAUGGACUUUAUUGUGCCACCCACCAUGUCCACUGCUGGCAUCCCAUGGGAGAAGGUUUUACCACCUCUUGUUCCUUGCCUGAAUGGAACUCGAGGUUUCUACAACUGGUCUCCAACGUUUCUAAUCCCAGAUACUGACAACGCCAGCUCAGCAGAGGUCUGCUGUGACGACGGUGGAUUCACAGUUCAAGUUGAUGUGAAACAGUUCAACCCCAAAGACCUUCUGGUCAAAGUGGUGGGAGAUUUUGUGGAAGUGCAAGGAAAACACAAAGAGAAAAAGGACGGUCCAGGUUUUACGACUCUGCAGUUCAGCCGUCGCUACAGAAUCCCAAAGGGAGUGGACGUCAUGGCUCUGGAGUCGGCCGUCUCCCCGGAUGGCCGACUUGUCAUAUCUGCUCCAAUGCUGCGAACUAGCAGCACCCGAUCUGACUUAAUGCUGUUUUAACCACAGAAACGUACACAUGCACACAUCAGGCUGUUCUGAUCCCAUCAACACAACACGUGUGCCCAGGUCUCGCUGUCCUCGCCGGCGCCGCUGCCUUUUCCCAGCUGCUCGGCCGUUACUCACCAGUCUGUAAAUAUUCUGUUUGUAGUUGAAGUUAUUUUUGGUGCAACUUGUAUGAACACUGUAUUGUGAUCAUUGAACAGACAUUUUCUAACGUAUUAUUGUGAAAACCCAACAUAAAUAAACUUUAUUUCUUUAUAAAAUGGGAAUAAAAAAGUGUUUAAGUGAGAUGUUGCUCCUGCGGGAGUUCACCGAGCAUCAGGUCCACCUCACUAAGAGAGAAAAGAAAAACACCAUUUUGUAGAUGAUUUUUAAGCAAAUGUACAAUUAAAAGACUUUUAAUAAUAA